UAUUCCAAUAUAUCUGCUCCCUGUUUGCAGUAGUAGCCAUACGUACAAUAGCUACCGCGGCCCAAAUUAAUAAUAACCCCAUGUACCUCUCCCUCCCCCUCCAUCACCACCACCACCACCACACUCACCCACCACUCUCCACUACACCAUACAUACCCUACGAAACAACACGCCCACACACUUCACCCUCAAAGAACCCUUCCCACAGAACCAUUCCCCAAGACAAGAAAAAAAAAAAGAAAGUCCAUCACCAAACUCCACCACCACCACAUCACCCCCGCGGCCUCACCCAGGCCAGCAACCAAAAAAAAAAAAGAGAGAGAGAGAGAACAUCACCAAGAAUAAACAACAAACCAUGUGCAAGCACAUUCUCAACGCACAAGUCUCAAUCCGCGCCCCCUGCUGCAAGCGCUGGUUCGACUGUCCCGAAUGCCACCUCGAAGCCUUCCCACCGCCCACCAACCCCUCCCCAUCCAAUCCCUCCCCUUCAUCACUGACGACGCAAAACUCCCACCCCCUCCUCCAAUCCUUCGAAAUGACCUUCGCCUGCAAGAAAUGCAAAAAAUGUUUCCGCAAAGACGCCAGGGAGAUGGAGGACGCAGAUGAGUACUGUCCGUUCUGCGACAACCAUUUUGUGCUGGAUGCUGUGAUGCCCAAGGCCGAGUUGAAGGUCGAGAGUGAGGAUGUUAGGGUCGAUGCUAGGAUGUUGAGGGAUGAGAGGGUCAAGGGGGAGGAGGGGAGGUCGAUUUUUGAUGUCAAGGACGCGGCUGAGAGGUUGGGUUGAUUUUUGAU